AUGGCUCGUACUAAGCAGACUGCCCGCAAGUCCACCGGAGGCAAGGCGCCCCGGAAGCAGCUCGCUACCAAGGCCGCCAGGAAGUCUGCCCCGGCCACCGGCGGAGUAAAGAAGCCCCACCGCUUCCGUCCUGGCACAGUUGCAUUACGUGAGAUUCGAAAGUACCAGAAGUCCACUGAACUCUUGAUCCGUAAGCUUCCCUUCCAGAGGUUGGUAAGGGAAAUUGCACAGGACUUUAAAACUGACCUCAGAUUCCAGAGCUCCGCCGUGGCGGCGCUGCAGGAGGCGGCGGAGGCGUACCUUGUUGGACUGUUUGAGGAUACUAAUCUCUGUGCCAUUCAUGCUAAGAGGGUAACUAUUAUGCCUAAGGAUAUCCAGCUUGCCAGGAGGAUAAGGGAGGUCAUCAACAGAAACUCUUCACGUGCACAUUUGCAGGUGGUUACAGUUUAUCCACUUUCUAGUGCUAGUUCUGGAAUGUUUGUACAUUUGAGUGCUGUUAUGCUUCGUCUCUGUGAGCCAUUCUUGGAUGCAAAUAUGUCGAAAAAGGAUAAAGUUGAUCCUAAAUAUGUAUUUGUCAGUAAUCGUUUGGAAUUGAGAGGACUGAUUGCUCUACAUGCAUCAUCUGAAGAAAUCUCUGACUGGAUAAACAGAAUUAAUCCUGGGAAAGCUGAUGUCUCUGCAAAUAAUAGUGAUGGUGAAAAUCGAUUGCUAAAAUGUUAG